AUGGUUGAGGGUGAGAUCAAGCAAUGCAAAAAGAGAAGGCUUAAGAUGCAAGCCGAUUUGAAAGAUGAUCAGAGGAUGGAAGAUCUGAUGCAGAGGUAUGUCUACUCUGAGGAAGAGGAAGAAAGUGAUGGUCUCCAAGUGGAAGAUGGUGAGGAUAACCAAGAUGAGCAGAUGGAGGAUGCUGAGGAGAGCAAGAGGAGGAUGAGCUCCCCAUGUACCAAGAGCACUACAAUGCUCUCUUCUCCAUGGACUUUGUGGAGACCAAGUACCCACAUGAUGACACAUGAGGCCCUUGGAAUCUUUGAGGAUGUGGAGUUGGUGCUCAAGAACAUGCACUUGGCCAAGUUCUUCUCUCACCGCAUGGAGUCUUACAAGGAGCUCACUUGUGAGUUUUUGGCUUCAAUGAGGUACCACAUGAGUAAAGAGCUCGAUCGAGCUGAUUGGACCAAGGCUGGGAUGGAUCACGUUCUUGGCAAAGGGAGAGAAGAGAUGGUGACCUUUAGGCAGCUUGGAGAUACUGUUUGGGUUCACUAUGGAGAGGAAAGUGGAACAUCAAGGAAAGAACUCCAAAGAGUUUGGGCUACAAUCGCUGAGGGAGUACUCUUCCUCAAGGAAAGCCACGGGACAAUCAAUGAGGAGAAGGAAGCUCCUUACCAUGGGAAUCAAGCCCAUCAUCUCACGCACAAGGAUGGAAGAGGAUCAGAGGAGAUAGAGCACACACAGGGAACUCAUCCUUUGCCAGCUCUCUCCUUGACAGCUCCUCUCCUACAAGACACAGCUUACAACACUAGGCAUCAAAGAGGAAGAAGCUUAGUGUUGGAGGGUCAUCACACCUAUCUUUGUGCAGCUGGAGUUAAACAAGAGAAGGUCUACUCCAGGUUGGAUGGACAUCAAGUUUUGCAAGACCAACCUCCUCAUUGA